AUGUUAGAAGAAAUUUCUUUUGAAUCCUGGUACAUCUAUUUAUUUAUUUGUGGAGUUUUGUACUUUGGUUCAAAGUAUUUUUAUACUCAGUAUUUGAAUAAUAAAUUUGGAGCAAAAUUGCCUGGAAGUUUUAGAUCGGAUGGCUUAUUUGGAUUUAAAAAUGGCUUUGAAAUGCUCAAAGCUAAAAAGGUUGGUCGACAAGUUGAUUUAGUACAUUCAAGAUUCAAUGACUUAUCUAAAACACACGUGAAUGAUACUUUCAAGGAAUAUAAUUUUGGAAUACCAGUGAUUGUCACCAAAGAUCCUGAGAAUAUUAAAGCAUUAUUAGCAACCCAAUUUAAUGAUUUUUCGUUAGGUAGAAGAAGCGAUUUUUUUUAUCCUUUGUUGGGAAAAGGUAUUUUUACAUUGGAUGGUGAAGGAUGGAAACAUAGUAGAGCAAUGUUAAGACCACAAUUUGCUCGUGAACAAAUUGCUCAUGUUAAAGCAUUAGAACCGCAUUUCCAAUUAUUAAAGAAGCAUAUAACUAAGAACAAGGGUAAGGGUUUUGAUAUUCAAGAGUUGUUUUUCCGGUUCACGGUUGAUUCUGCCACCGAAUUUUUGUUUGGUGAAUCAGUGUCAUCAUUAAAAGAUGAAUCUAUUGGAUAUAAUCAAGAUGAGUUUGAUUUCGAUGGUCGUAAGGACUUUCCUGAAGCGUUUAAUAAAGCACAAAUUUAUUUAGCUACCAGGGCGAUAUUGAAAGAUUUAUACUGGUUGGUUAAUCCAAAGGAUUUCCAAAAUUGUAAUGCUAUUGUUCAUAAGUUUAGUGAUUAUUAUGUCAAUAAAGCUCUUAAUGCAACCCCGGAAGAAUUGGAGAAGAACAGUGGAUAUGUGUUUUUGUAUGAAUUGGUGAAGCAAACUCGUGAUCCUCAAGUGUUACGUGACCAAGCCUUGAAUAUUUUGUUAGCCGGUAGAGACACCACUGCAGGAUUACUUUCAUUUGCUAUGUUUGAAUUAGCUAGAAAUCCUCAGAUUUGGCAAAAGUUAAGAGAAGAAGUAAUUGAGAAAUAUGCCGAUGAGGUAACUGAGAUUGCAUUUGAGACAUUAAAGCAAUGUGAAUAUCUCAAAGCGGUAAUUAAUGAAACCUUGAGGUUAUAUCCAUCAGUACCACGUAAUGGACGAUUUGCUAACAAGAAUACAACUUUGCCAAGAGGUGGUGGCCCAGAUGGCAUGUCUCCAAUCUUGAUCAAACAAGGGCAAGGUGUUCUGUAUAGUAUUUAUUCUACGCAACGUGAUACUAAGUUUUAUGGUAAAGAUGCUGAUGUUUUCCGUCCAGAAAGAUGGUUUGAGCCAGAAACUAGGAAAUUGGGAUGGGCAUUUUUACCGUUCAACGGUGGUCCAAGAAUAUGUUUGGGGCAACAGUUUGCCUUAACCGAAGCAUCUUAUGUUUUGGUCAGGUUGGCUCAAUCUUAUGAAAAUUUGCAGUUGACCGAAAAUAUAGAAUAUCCACCGCCAAAGUUGACACAUUUAACUAUGUGUAUGUUCGAUGGUGUUCCAAUUAAAAUUGCUUAA